AUGCCUAAGGGUACUUUGAACAGAUUGGAUUCCAUUCAAACUAGUUGCUACGCUGAUACUGCUCGUAUUGGACAGAAAAAAUUGAUAUUAACAUCACCAGAAACAACACCUGAAUCCAUGGCUGCACCUUACAUUAAAAUAACUGUACUUGAUGAGCCUGAAAAAGAUCGAUUGAAUGGCACCAAUGAUUUACGAGUAGAAACAGACUCCGAUCAAGUAUUCAUCGAGAAUGAAGAAACUAUUAGUUCGUGCGAUAAUCGUAUUAAAUCGAAUUCUUUGGACGAUUCUGAAAAUCAAUCAGUGGUAGCAAAACCAUUAAUCGAUACAACAAGAGAUAUUUUGACUCGACGACGUGCUCUUGAUCUGACCGCAAAACAUGAUCUCCAAGCGUAUGUACGUCACCGAAGAUGCAGUAUUGUCCAACAUGUUAUCGGUUACAAUUACGAUGAUAAUUCUACCGUUGGUGGUCUUUAUACUCGUGUUGGAAUUGGAAAAAUCGCAGAAGUAGAUGGUCAUGAAGUGACUCUAAUGCAAGCCAGCAAUAUAUCCAACCAUAUUGAUCAUGGUAGCCACGAUACAAUGAAACUUAUCUAUCAAUUACUGCUCAUUCGUUCGGAUUGUUCACAUUUAGCUGCUAAUGGAUUAAAAGUUAAUCAUUUUAUCCGUGAAGGUUAUCUGAGAUUAAAACCUCUUCUGUAUCCAUGUACCAUCGAGUUUAGUCUGAUGUGCCUUACACUGUUCUUUCUUAUCUGGGAAAAUGUUGGAAAAACAUUUCCACAUAAAAUGUCGGAUAAAGAAUCAACAAAAAAUGUUUUUAUGGUAAAUUGUCAUGCAUCGGUCAAAGGUCUCUUUGCUGGAAUGAUCUGUUUCUCGUGUACAAUUGUUGCGACACUUCUCUAUGCUAUUUUUCGAAAUAAAAUCGGUGAUUCUCUUCAUACGAUGUCACCAUCAUCUCCAGUUAUUCAUCAUAAACAUUCAAACGUUACUCCUACACGUACAGAAACAAUAUUACAUCGGUCACAUGAAAUGCCUUCAGUACUAACUGAUUCGAUGAGUGCCGUUUACCAGCCACUCGCUCCUAUACCAAAUACUUUAAAAAAGAUAGAUUACAGCAUUGCCAUUCUCGAAAUCGUUAAUUUGUGUCUGUUAACUCUUUCACUAUGUGCUACAAUUUGGGCUCUAAUUAAAAUUCGCAAGUUGAACUAUCGUCGAACGACUACACGUUUCGACGAUGUUCUAAUUAUUGUGUCACUAACAGGCAUCUAUUUGUAUUCGAUCUUUAGCGCCUUUGCUAUCAUUAGCAAUCUAAGCUCAUCGACAUGGGUCGCCUAUGUUAAAGUAGCAAUUAUUAUUUUAGAAUUUGUCGAAGGUACCAUUCAUGCAUUGUUCAUUCUUCUUGCAUUACGCAAACGUUUAAAGCAUACAUCUAAACAUAAAUAUCCAGCUCGUGAAAUCAUUACUCUACUGAUCAUGCUUGAUCUUAGUCUUUGGUUUGAAAAAACAACAACAUCCACUAAACAUCAAGCAAAUCCAUUUCAACUUGCCUUCUAUCAUGUCAUUCCAUGGUCGAUUAUCACUGCAAUCGCUAUGCCUCUUCAAAUCUUUUUUCGUUUUCAUGCAUCGGUUUGUCUUUCGCAUGUUUGGGCAAAUAUGUAUCACUUGCCUCCAUAUGAACCAAUAGCACUUCGAGACUUUUGA